AAGAACGAAAAGUGUACGUGAGUGGGAUUGCUUUGAUAAAUACGAGCGCACGGUGUGCCCAGUGCUCACAUUCGUCUAGUUACGGCCCGAGAAAAUGCUGAGAGCAGCAGCGAUCUUUGCCCUCGUGGCCCUCGUGGCGGCCGAGCAGGCCAGCUACGAGAACUUCAAGGUCCUCCGGAUCACCCCGAGGAACAACCGGAAGCUGGAACUCAUCGGCGAGCUCGAAAACCACGAGAACUCGUUGGAGUUCUGGCGGGGCCCCAGCUACGUGGACCACCCGGUGGACCUGAUGGUCCCGCCGAGCAAAGGCCCCCAGAUCACCGAGUACCUGGACGUCCACGAGCUCGAGCACGAGGUAUACAUAGACAACGUGCAGAGUCUGAUAGACGGCGAGAAACUCCGGUCGAUCGGUCGCUACUCAACCGCGAGUGGGUACGACUUUGAGAGCUACAAGACCAUCGAGGAGAUCCACGCGUACCUGGCACACCUCGCCGACAAGCACCCCGACAAGGUGGAGCCGAUAGUGGCCGGCAAGAGCUACGAGGGCCGGGAGCUAAGGGGCGUGAUGAUCAGCCACGGGCCCAACAGAUCGGCCAUAUUCAUCGAGGCCGGGAUCCACGCGAGGGAGUGGGUCACACCGGCAACCGCCACCUACAUCGCCAACGCCCUGCUCAACAGCCAGGACCCCGACGUCAGGGGGCUCGCCGAAGCCUACGACUGGUACAUCGUGCCCUCCGUCAAUCCCGAUGGAUACGUCUACACCCACGAAUACGAUCGGCUGUGGCGGAAGACGCGCUCGGGGAAGAGCGACUUUUGCAAGGGAGUCGACGCUAACCGGAACUGGGACUACAAGUGGAUGGUGGCGGGUGCUAGUAGUCAGGCGUGCGCGGAAACGUACGCGGGUAAGCGUCCCUUCUCGGAGAUCGAGAUGAAAACCCUGUCCGAGUACCUAAAGUCCGUGAGCCACAGGGUAUUUGCGUACAUAUCGUUCCACAGUUACUCCCAGCUGCUCCUGUUCCCCUACGGCCACACCACUGCCCACCUGGAGAACUACGACGAGCUGUACGCCAUCAGCGCCAAGGCGGUCAAUUCUCUUUCCAGGAGGUACGGCACCAAGUACUCCUACGGCAACAUCGCCGAGACCAUAUACAAAGCUAGCGGCAGCUCGAUAGACUACGCGAAGGGUGCCCUCAAGAUACCUCUGGCCUUUACGUACGAGUUCCGGGACAAGGGGCGUCAUGGUUUCUUACUCCCGGCGGAUCAAAUCGUGCCCAACAGCGAGGAGGUGCUCGACUCGCUCGUCGCCAUGUUCAACGAGGCCAAGAAAAUCGGCUACCCCAAGCCUUAAAUUAUUUGUUGUUGUUGUUGUUUUUUUUUAUUUACUCGUGUUAUGAAUAUUUAAGCUAAAUGCAGUAAUUUAAAGUCUA